AUGCCUUCGGACAAAGAUCAUAUCAAUAUUGUCGUUAUCGGUCACGUCGACAGUGGAAAGUCAACAACUACUGGACAUUUGAUCUACAAAUGUGGUGGUAUUGAUAAACGUACUAUUGAAAAGUUCGAGAAGGAAGCUGCUGAGAUUGGUAAAGGUUCCUUCAAAUACGCCUGGGUGUUGGAUAAACUGAAGGCAGAGCGUGAGCGUGGUAUCACCAUCGACAUUGCUCUCUGGAAGUUUGAGACCAACAAGAAAUACGUGACCGUUAUCGAUGCUCCGGGACAUCGUGAUUUCAUCAAAAACAUGAUCACUGGCACAUCUCAAGCCGAUUGUGCCGUUCUGAUCGUUGCAGCUGGUACUGGUGAGUUCGAGGCUGGCAUCUCAAAGGACGGUCAAACGAGAGAGCAUGCACUUCUGGCAUACACCCUCGGUGUGAAACAAAUGAUUGUCGCGGUGAACAAAAUGGAUACGACACAGCCGCCAUACAGCGAGGCUCGUUUCGAGGAGAUCAAAAAGGAUGUUUCCUCAUACGUGAAGAAGGUUGGAUAUGAUGUGAAGGCUGUGCCGUUCAUUCCUAUCUCCGGCUGGGCGGGCGACAACAUGUUGGAAAAGAGUGAUAAAAUGCCGUGGUACAAGGGUUGGACAAUGGAGAAGAAGGAUGUAAAGAAGUCCGGACAUACCAUUUUCGAAGCCUUGGAUGCCAUUGAUCCUCCAGAACGACCAACGAACAAACCCCUGCGGUUACCGCUGCAAGACGUCUACAAAAUCGGUGGUAUUGGUACCGUGCCCGUUGGUCGUGUCGAAACCGGUGUGCUCAAGCCAGGUAUGGUUGUCACUUUCGCCCCCAACAACCUCUCGACUGAGGUGAAAUCUGUCGAAAUGCAUCACGAGGCUUUGGUAGAGGCUGUUCCCGGAGACAACGUUGGUUUCAACGUGAAGAACAUUUCAGUGAAGGAUAUCCGCCGUGGUAACGUGGCUGGUGACAGCAAGAAUGACCCACCAAAAGCUGCUGAAUCAUUCAAUGCCCAGGUUAUUGUGCUGAACCACCCCGGUGAGAUUAAAGCCGGUUAUGCUCCCGUUCUUGAUUGUCACACCGCUCACAUUGCCUGCAAAUUCAGCGAACUUGUUCAAAAGAUUGAUCGUCGUUCCGGUAAAGUUCUGGAAGAGAAUCCUGCCAUGAUCAAGUCCGGUGAUGCUGCAAUCGUAGUCAUGGUGCCGAGCAAGCCCAUGUGUGUGGAGACGUUCGCCGAAUAUCCUCCACUUGGUCGGUUUGCUGUGCGUGACAUGAAACAGACAGUCGCUGUAGGUGUUAUCAAGUCGGUGAACAAGAAGUCCGAAGCAGCGAAAGCCACAAAGUCAGCACAAAAAGUUGCCAAGAAGAAGUAA